CAGAAAUUUCCUACCACACUAUUCGCAGCCUCUAGACAAGGAACGUUCACUAGGAGAUUGGAAUAUGGUAGAACAAGGAAAAGACUGCUUUUUCAGAUUCUCUUGUUGGACGUCAUUUUGUUAACUACUCCACUGUUGCCUGCCAAUGGUCAGGGAGUUGUAUCUUACGAUGAGCUUAGAAAACAGAUAGCCUCUCGAAGAUUGAAUUUUGGAGAUUCAACAAUUCAAACAGGAGAGUGUGUUGCUGUGCCAACUAGGCAAACUCUUCCUCUUACUGUUGAAGUAAUUGAGACACGGAUUGCAAAGUUACACAGGCUUACAGUGUCUGGAUUAAAAAAUGUAAAGACUUCUCGAUCUCGAGGUCCACCGGGCAGCAAAUUCGUGACUAUUCAGUGGACUUCUCGCCGAAAUCAGGCUGGAAAACGAAUGAAGUUAUGUUUUAGAGCUGUGCCUAAAUCAGGGUUGUACUCAGAAAUUCGUUGCAUUGUGGUGCUGGCUGGAGCUUUUGCUCCAACAAUUGUUGAAGGAUCCCAAACUCCGGUAGGUGAUGGUGUUCCUUCAUUUCAGAGUUGAUUCUCUGUGCUGUUUGACCAGGAAGUAUUUCGAUCUGCUAAGAAACGAUUCAUUCUGGUUGUGAAAGAUGGUACUAAUGGCAAUGGUGGCAUUAUUGAUUCUAUUGAUACUUCUUCACCAAGACUGUCAGUUAGUGGAAAGGAGCUGUCAUUUUACUUAUCAGAGAAUGCAACCCUGGAAGAAGAAACUACAUAUUAUGUACUGAUGGAUCUUGGUGUUGUUCUUGGAUUACAAACAUGCAAAGGAAGUAAUGUACCAUUUCUUGGUAUAUAUGAUAAAACAUUUUGGAAGUUUACAACAGGCUGCCAAGCCGUGUACUACAAACGGUGGUCUCGGUGAUUGUGAGCAUCAGUGUGAGCCAUUUGGAAAUCAGUAUCAGUGUUUAUGUAAUGAGGGUUAUUACCUUGGUUCUGAUCGUCACUCAUGCUUUGAAACAGGAUUGAAGUGUGUAUGCAAACAUGGAGUAUGCAGAGGAGGGGGCGUGUGUGAGUGUGUGAUUGGAUGGAAAGGAAAGACAUGUACUGAAGCUCAAUGUCAUUUACAAAAUGAAUGUUCUGGUAACGGUGACUGUUUGAGUCCUGGUGUUUGUGCUUGUAAAACAGGUUGGGGUAGACCAGCUUGUAAUGUGGAUUUGUGUACAGUCAAUCGUGGUUGUGAUGUCUGCACUAAGCAGAUUGGAUGUGGAUGGUGUGACGAUCAGCAAAGAUGUGUUGCUGGGUCAGGAUAUGGCUCAAGAAAUACACAGUGUAGGUCAUGGGUUUACUAUGGCUGCCAAGGAGCUGUGGUGUCUUUUUUAGAUGAACUAACAAACAGUGAUGAAUUCUCACUUCUUCAUUGUGUUAGAAAAAACUGUCAAGACUAUAAUAUCCCCCGAACACAAGGUCCUGGAAGUUAUAAGUUUUGUAACAAGUCUGCAACUAUUUGUGCUAAAUACGCAAGCUGCUUUGACAUAUUGGGAGAUAAAGUUAGUUGGAAUGAGAAUAAUUGUAGAUUUGGCAUGAUGGGAGUGCAACACGAGGAGCUGUCACAACUAGGACUAUCUAUUACUAAACGAGAAGCUAGUCGAGAGUCAAGGCAAUCUGAUUUUGAUUUGACGUGUCUGCUUGCUGAUGGAUGUCCACAGAUUGCUUGUGUGAUGGGAUUUGAAGAAAAUGGUACGACAGUAGUUGAUGAAACUAUUCGUAUCAUUGCUGAAUCAAAUAUUUUUGCUGAUGACUUUCAACUACUUCGCAGAACAGCUUGGGUUGACACUUUCUUUGGGCGACAGAAAACUCUUGUGAGUGGACUUUCUGGGGAUGAAAGUGGGGUUUCUGGGUUUGAUGAUGUUGAACCGCGUACUGUUAUCUGGAUAAUGAGUAAUGCUCAGUUUGUUCAAACACAAGAUGUGGACACAUACUCUGUGCUUACUGAAAAACACCAACAAAUAAGAGAACAACUUUUAGGCAUAAUAUGGGAAAAUGUUGUUUAUGAAGACCUCAGUCGGCCUUUGUAUGCCGCAAUUGCUGUUUGUUUGUACCUGUCUACUUUAGAAACUCCUGUACCACAACUACUUCGACUGCAAGCACAAUUUUGGUAUGAGUCCUACCAUGGAAUUGCAGAUGACCUUGAGGUUUCUGAGUCAGCAGCUCUAUUUAUAAAUUCCGUGUUGGAUGAAAGUUAUCCACCUCCAGCAGCUAAUGGUGUGACAGGAAGUUGUGUUCAUGGGAUUGUUGAUCCUAGCACUUGCUCAUGUGUUUGUAAGAAAGGUUGGCUGGGCGACGAAUGCACCAUUCCUGACUGCAACACAGAACUAGGAUGUUGUGGCUCUGCACAGUGUUCAGGGAGUUCUAAUGGUAAAUGUAUAAUCGGUUCUGGAGGACGGCCAGAAUGUCGCUGCACACCUCUUUCAGAAUGGGUUGGAGACUGCUGUGACAUAUGUCGUCCUGUCAUGAGCAAUGUUGAUCCACACCUGCAAGCUAUUGAUGGUCACCCUUUUGAUUACUUUGGUAUUGGUUUAUUUGCCAGCUGUUACAGCAUUCCAAAUGAUUUUGGCGUUCAGCUGCUGUUCUUUAAGUACAAACAUGCUUCGAUGGUAGGUGGUGCAACACUUAAAAUUGGAGAUGGAGUAGCUUCUGUCACAACAACAAAAGAGUGGAAUUUACCAACACUGAGAAUAAAUGGAACUGUACAUGAAGUUGUGAAGGGCACUGUGAUGACGUUGGCUGAUAAGAAAAUUUCUUUAGCAAUCAGCCAAGGUGCUGCUGACAACUGUGUUGCUGAGUUCUUCUUUCAGUUUGGGAAUGGUGCUACAUAUAAAAUUCAUGUUCGAUAUAGUGAGAAGAUAGGACGUCAAUACAUAGAUGCAUCUUUGGGAGCUCCUAUUCUAUUUAUGGGAACAACUACUGGAUUGUGUGGCAACAUGGAUGGAAAUUGUGGGUGUGAUGAUUGUCCAGAGAACAGCGAGUGUAUUGAAGGCUUCUGUGUUUGUGAGUUUGGUUAUUAUGAAGAAGAGGGUCUUUGCUUGAAAGCAUUCUGUGAUAAUGUAAACAAUUGCACAUCUCCUGUAAAUGGUCAGUGUCGUGCCCCUGAUGAAUGUCUUUGCAAUCCCGGUUUUAUUGGAGCCGACUGUAGUGAGCUGGCUGUUUGCUCUGAUGCAUGCUCGAAUCAUGGUGCAUGCACUGAUGGUGGCAAAUGUAUCUGUGAUCCUGACUGGGGUGGUGAACGUUGCAAUAUACCAACAUGCGAAGCUUUACAAGGCUGCUUGGGACGUGGCAACUGCACUGAAUUUGCCACCUGUGUGUGUGGUGUUGGUUGGACAGGUCCAACCUGUGGAAUAGCUAUCUGUUUCAACUUGAGUGAUCACAACACAACAUCUUGUUCAGGUCAUGGUCAUUGUGUUGAACCUGAUCAAUGUCUCUGUGAGGAAGGACACACUGGUAGCAACUGUGAAGUUCCUAUGUACUGUCCUACUGUCUCCAAUUGCAGUGGAAAUGGUAUGUGUGUGAGUGAAACCGAGUGUGUUUGCUAUGAAGGAUUUGGUGGAGCAAACUGUGACAGACCGUAUUGUCCUGGCAACUGCAAUGACAAGGGCAAAUGCAUUAGCGUGAAUCUCUGUCAAUGUGAUGAAGGUUGGACUGGAGGAAACUGCAGUCAGCCAUCUUGUGAAGACAAAAAAUUUUGUUCUGGUCAUGGUUUAUGUGUUGGUCCUAACAGCUGUCAGUGUGAUGAGUUUUGGAAGGGAGAUAGUUGUGACACUCCAUUUUGUCCUACAUCAAAAGGCAAUCCUACAGAAUGCAGUGGUAAUGGUACUUGUAUUGGACCUGGUAUUUGUGAAUGUGAUAAACAUUACUAUGGAGCUGCAUGUGAAACCACAGUUGCUCUUUCAAUCAUUUCUACUCCUGCUGAUAUUGCAUCAACACUGAAAGACAAAUUGAUUGAUAUUGGAAGUAAUGCAAGCAAUUUGGUAACAGGUGAAAGUAUCAUCUUAAGCUGUUAUGCAACAAGUUAUCCUCCAGGAAUACUUCAUUUGUAUAAAGAUGGUAAACUAAUAAAGAAAGAGCAGGGUGUUGGUCUUAUGCUGCGUGUAUCAAGUCUUACUUUAUUGGAUGCUGGUCGAUAUCGUUGUGUUGCAAACAACACAGCAAUGUCAGAGUCAAAAGAGUCAGUGCUUUCUGUUUCUCAGCCUCCUAUGGUCAUAUCACAGAUUGUCUCUCCGAAGGAUGUUUUAUCAGAACGUAAUGUGACUGUGCUGAUUGGUAGUAGAAUUGCACUUUGGUGUGAAGCAUCUGGCUAUCCAAUUCCUGAUGUGACAUGGAGUGUGGCUGAUGAUAUGUUUGCGGCCAAUGUUGCUGGUGUUAAGGUUGAAGAAAAUGGUCAACUGUUGGUCAUUUUGUCAGCAGCCAUUGAUCACACGAACAAGUAUACAUGCAAAGCUACAAACAGACUUGGUGAUAUACGAUCACUGUUUGACGUUGUGGUGUUGGCUUGCAUAUCUCGAUCUCAGGGAUGUUCAGGCAAUGGGAUAUGUAAUGCAUCUGGGAGUUGUGAAUGUCAUGUUGGCUGGACAGCGAAUAAUUGCAGCAUUCCAGUCUGUUAUGGUAAUUCUGCAGACAAUCGUUUGUCUUGCUCUGGCCAAGGACGUUGUGUUCAACCUGACUUAUGUGACUGCAAUGAAGAGCACACAGGCAGCAGCUGUGAAUUUUUAAUAUUCUGUCCGGUUGUGUCUAGCUGCAGUGGCAAUGGCAUUUGUAUGAGUGAGACUGAAUGUUCAUGCUUUGAUUGAUACAGUGGAGUAGA